AUGAGGUCACGUCUGUGUGACCCAAUCUUUCGUCGCUUGAAUCUCUGCGCAGCAUUUCCCAAUUUUCUUGACUUCUUGAUGAUGUUUGUGCCAAUUCUUCCUGCCUUAUUACUGCUUGAUGUCAGUGUAUCCUCCGCGUCUAAUUCGAGUAUAGUCCAGCAUGAAGACCCAGUCGUGUUCGAUGGUCACGUGAAUGAUUCGCUGCCUUCUGCAAAUAGUAGCUUGACCGCUGCUGAAGGAGAGUUGGAGAGCUAUGAUGAUAGUGAGCAAAGUAACACCGAUAUUGAUGAAACUGAUGGGGAGAUGAGGAUGUUUUCUUUCAUUGUUGAUAGGAUGGCUUCAUCGCAUUUGUCCAGCCUACCGAAACAUGAAGAAGGCACUGAAAAAUACUGGUCGUCGAUAUUAUAUACAACGUUACUUCAGCUGAAGUCAAACGAAGUUAAGUCAGAUCAACAAGCGCAGCUAUUUCGCAAUUUAGCGGACGUUCUCGCACAAAAUCAUGAAGAAUUGAAAUCAAUUGUUCGUUUGGCGAUCGCCAACGCUCUUACAAACCCUGCGAAAACCGAGCAGACACAAGCUCAGUUGCUUAAACUUCAAACGAAACUAUCGACAGUAUUCGAAAGUUUGAUGGAGCAAACAAAUCAAAAAAGCCUUCAAGUAUUUUUCGAAACAGGGCUGGAUUCUGUAUUGCUAUCCUACGCCAGCAAGCUAUCUCGCGGAGAGAGCAGAUUGCUGGAUCAAAAUUCACUCGCAGACGACGUCGCUCGACUCCUUACGGUAAAACGUGAGGAUGGUAAUUUGAUUACUUGGUUGGGAACUUAUCGAACCUCACGAACAUCCCACGAGCUAGUAUCUACCUACUCCACCGAUUAUAUGGAUGGUUUCAUUCGUGGUUUAUUGUACCGUCCAAGAGUCCGCAAGCUAGCAUAUCGCUUAAAAACAAUGAUUACUCCUAUCCUUUCCAAGUUGCUCGAGCAUUAUGAUAAUCCACCUCAGGCGUUUCUACUCAACCAAUGUCUUCAAUACGCUGCAUACACUCGUUUCAGCUUUAUUGAGCAUGAGGCAAAAAGUUCUGAGUUUAUGUUGCCUCAUCUUUCUGCCAGCUUGAAAGAGUUAAUGAAAGAUUCCGAGUUUGAUCAUUUAACAAAUUCGAAUGGUCAAAACUUGAUUAAGAUCAAGGAGGCUCUGGUAGAACAGCGUCAGGUCGCAGCAUUUAAGGAGAUAUUGAGCGAUGAGAAUAUGGUGGGAACGUUUGAGGCGCUGCUGAAUGACAAGAAUCUGGUGCAAUCGCUUCAUAUGGUUCUCAAAGACGAGAAACAAUUGCAAUUGCUCAAAGCGACUUUGAAUGGUGAAAACGAACCUGUGGAAUUUACCACGGGUUUGUCAAAAGGUGAUGUGGAGCUGGAGCUGAAAGAAGAUAAUGCUAUGGCGAGUCUUCAUCCGUUUCUACACAAUAAGCACGUGUCGGACUUGCUCAGAGAGACUUUUGCAGAAAAGGACCGUUUCAUGUUGUUUAAGAAAGCGCUAGAGGAAGAAGGACGAUUGAUAUUGGUUGAAGACAUGUUGAGCAGUACGGAAUUGGAUACGGUGGAGCUGCUCAAAGCCAUUCUCAGAAAUCAAGAUAGAGUGCAAUUGUUCAAAGAGGCUUUGAAGAAUGAGGAGCAUCUGAAAUUAUUCAGAUUGGCCUUGGACAACCCGGCUGAAGUUUCCAAGUUUCAUGAUCAGCUCAAUGAUGAGAAACUCUCGAAAGAGCUUGAUGCAGCAUUUAAGGAUGUUAACUGUUAUUUUUUUCUCAAAGUGGCUGUCAAGGAUGAUGUCAGUGCGAAGUUAUUUCGAGCGGCUUUGGAGAAAGAAGAUCAGGUCAAGGCGUUUGAAGAUGCAUUGAUCAAAAAGAAAUUGACAAAUGUCUUUAGAUCGAUACUCAAGGAAGAAGAGCAAUUAGAUUGGCUUAAAAAUGCUGUUCACGAAGAUAUUUUCUGGCAGGUUAGAAAUGCUUUGGAUAUGAGAGAUAGAAAAAUGCUGAUAGAAGAAGCGAUGCUGCACCUCGAGACUACAACGUAA